CUCCCAUUUUGGUUUCGAGAAUCAACUACUCUACCCUAGCUCCCACCGUAAGUGCUUUUGUUCUAGCACCUUCUUCGUUCUCCUUCUCUUCUCAGACGCAGCGCAACGCUGCAAAUUUCACCACCGGAACGCUGCAAAAUUCUCACUUCCCUCAUCAUUUCGACUAAUCUGAGCUUAUCUUCCUUCAACCAUGGCGACCGUGAUGCAGAAGAUCAAAGACAUCGAAGAUGAGAUGGCAAAGACUCAAAAGAAUAAGGCUACUGCUCAUCAUUUGGGUUUGCUCAAGGCUAAGCUUGCAAAGCUGCGGAGGGAACUCCUUACACCUACAACAAAAGGAGGUGGAGGUGCUGGUGAAGGUUUUGAUGUUACCAAAAGUGGGGAUUCAAGAGUUGGUCUGGUGGGCUUCCCUUCAGUUGGGAAAUCCACUCUGCUGAAUAAAUUAACGGGGACGUUUUCAGAGGUUGCUUCGUAUGAGUUUACUACCUUGACUUGCAUCCCAGGUGUGAUCACAUAUCGUGGAGCUAAAAUUCAGUUGCUGGAUCUCCCUGGAAUUAUUGAGGGUGCUAAGGAUGGAAAGGGUAGAGGAAGACAGGUUAUUAGUACUGCAAGGACAUGCAAUUGCAUUUUAAUUGUUCUUGAUGCAAUAAAGCCAAUAACACAUAAGCGUCUUAUAGAAAAAGAGCUGGAGGGAUUUGGUAUAAGGUUAAACAAGGAGCCACCAAAUCUGACCUUUAGAAAGAAAGAGAAGGGUGGUAUCAAUUUCACAUCAACUGCCGCCAAUACUAAUCUGGAUCUUGAUACUGUGAAGGCUAUAUGUAGUGAGUACAAAAUUCACAACGCAGAUAUUACUCUUAGGUAUGAUGCCACCGCUGAUGACCUUAUAGAUGUCAUUGAGGGCAGUAGAGUAUAUAUUCCUUGCAUCUAUGUUGUGAACAAGAUUGAUCAGAUCACACUUGAGGAACUGGAGAUCUUGGAUAAGCUACCUCAUUACUGUCCAAUCAGUGCACAUCUGGAGUGGAACCUUGAUGGGCUUCUGGAGAAAAUUUGGGAAUAUCUCAGUUUAACUCGUAUUUAUACUAAACCUAAAGGGAUGAAUCCUGACUAUGAAGACCCUGUAAUAUUGUCGUCUAAGAAGAGGACAGUUGAAGACUUCUGUACUCGCAUUCACAAGGACAUGCUUAAACAGUUUAAGUAUGCUCUGGUCUGGGGCUCAAGUGCAAAACACAAGCCUCAAAGAGUUGGCAAGGAACAUGAACUGGAAGAUGAAGAUGUUGUUCAGAUUAUCAAGAAAGUAUAAUUUGUUCUAAGUCAGAAGGAAUCCAAGAUGUGAACUUGUGAAAACAGAUCACAGUGCCUGCACAAGAUAUUAGAGGAUUUUACGAGCCAGAUCUAAGGUCUCUUAGUGAGAAUUUCUUCAUUGUUGUUAGAUUUCACUCCACUUGUUUUCUUUUCAGUUGGGGGUAUGUAAAAUAUAUCUAAGUUCGAUGCGUAGUUAAACCUCUUGUUUUCAAGGGAUGACGAUUUUUGUAGUGCUAGAUUUGGAAAUUAUGUCUUAUAUACAUGUCUGAACAUAAUUAAUGGGUGGAAUUGAGUUGGGGGUGUGCUUGUGAACAUGAAUGUGAUGUUUUCUGGAUACAUUGUAAUUCUGGUGGUGGAUACAUCGUUAAUAUGUCUAUGUUUUGCAAUAUAGAACUUGCCUGUUAAAACUA